AUGUUUAUCUAUCUAUCUAUCUAUCUAUCUAUCUAUCUAUCUAUCUAUCUAUACAUGGAAGGAGUGCGGAUCGAACGAGAGGUGAGCCUUCCUAUCUAUCUAUCUAUCUAUCUAUCUAUCUAUCUAUCUAUCUAUCUUUCUUUCUUCUUUCUUUCUUUCUUUCUUUCUUUCUUUCUUUCUUAUUGGGCGAUAGAUGAGCCUAUCUAUCUAUCUAUCUAUCUAUCUAUCUAUCUAUCUAUCUAUCUAUCUAUGUCCGUUUCUUUCUUUCUUUCUGAUCGGGCGAUAGCUUCGAGUCAGUUAAAGGAAUCUUUCUACCAUUUAUCUACAGAGCAAUUUUUUUUUUCGUUUUCAAGAGAGGCUUCCCCUACAAAACAUAUGGCACUUAUUACGUUCAGUAUUGACAUAGAGUUUUCCUUCUCUAACUCUUCUCUGCCUCGUUUUAAAAAAAAUGUUUUUCAGUGGAAAUAA